CCCAGUGUCCCAUCUUUCCCGGCCCACGAAAUUUGAUGUACGCCUAGCAUUGAUGAGUGAUCCGAGAUCGUCGACGCGUCGAAGUCGCCCAACAACCACCAACAUGCAGGACAUGUGGUGUACAUGUGCUGGAAACGAAGACCUUGGUGUGCAUUGUAAGUGUACUGAACUACUGUCACAAGAGAAUUGAAGAAGCGGAUGUGCAUAUUGAGGAUUAAUAAUGGCAGAGAGAAUAGUGCAGGAUUGGCUUACAGAGUACAAGGCAACAGAUUUGGCUACUUUUUCCAGACGGAUAAAAGAUGAUAUACAACUCAUCAAGUCUAUUUUUGAAAUUCUUCAAGAACCUCACUCCAAUCUCCAGGAACCAGUAUGUGGCCAGUUGUAUGAAUUUUACCGCUCUGGACACUUUGAGCUCAAGCGAUUUUGCCUGCAGUUUGUCCCAGCUGUGAUAUGGAUUUACUUGUACGGACUCGCACUGCAUAAGAAUUACGGGAGAGCUGAGAGUCUUUUACUUGGCAUCUAUAACAUGGAAGUGGUAGAACCUGACGGUAUUUCCAAAGUGGAAUCCUUCACAGUGCCAACUCUUGCCAAGUCAUCCAUUUAUCAUGAGCCCGUAAGCCAGUUAGCACUGACAGAAAACGUUCUCUCAUACCAGCAAAGCGACCAUCGACUGGUGACCAGGGGUCCUCUUUGCCAGAUAAAUGCCCUGACAAUUAAAAACAGGUUCAGCGUGCUUACUCACGUAGUAUCGGAGUACAAUGCAGACAUUGGAUUUCUUUCUCCUGUGUCUCAUGCAUUUUUCUGCAAGAUUUGCUCUAGCUUGGUUCUGUGUGGAUUCUCUGGAACACAACUUGCAUGGAAACAGAGCUCAUCAGUUGACAGGAUUUCUAAGCACAAAUUGAUGCUGGAUAUUUAUAAGACACCACGAAUUCCUCUCGACUCUGUCUUUCUGUUGGAGAUGUUGACUGGUAUUUACUUUGUCAUGUUCAAUGGACAAGCGUCUGCUGGAAUGCAAGCAUUAGAAGACAUCCACUUCAGAGCCAACUAUGAACUUUAUGCAGAUGUUUUGUUGGUGAGCAAUGCAAUCAAGCAUUCAUUGGAUACUAAUCCAUCCGGCAGGCCUAGUGAUGGACCUGUGGGAAUUAAUGUUGCUGUCACCCCUCCCUCACCAGUUGUCAAGAGAUCUGCUAUCACUAAUGCCUCUUUUAAGACCAGGAGGCAAAAAGUCAUGUUAAAGUGCAGUUUCAUGGACCGGUAUGAACAAAUUUCCAUCAUCGUGUGCAAAUAUUGUGUGCAUGUAAAACAAGUGUGUAGAUCGCCACGUGCACAUCAUGGACGUAAAGAAACAACAAUUACAGUCACCAUCGAAGGCGUUGAAAAGACAGAAGCUGUCACCAAAACAGAUGGACUUAAUACUCAAGAAUCCAGCACUACAGAACCAGCUACAGUUCUUACUUCCACAAAAUUGUCAUAUCAUGGAAAAAAACAAAGACAUUCUGAAAAGGGCAUUUCUGCUGUGGAUGUUGCUGUUACUGAUAAAUCAGGUUCCAAACGAAUGGAAACAGUUGAAAUGGAAGAAGUAAGGCUCACGUUAGAUGCAAGGGUUGCUAAACAAACAAACAAAGAUGCAGGUGACCGUUACUUUUCUGAAGGCAGUCUUAGCUAUCCAGAGAUUUCCCCCGCAUCACACUCACGAGAAUUGCAUGCAGCUAAUCAACAUUCUUCCAAUUCCUCAGGAGAGAGUUUUGAAACUAAUUUAUAAUGGUGCCUCUCUGCAAAAUCUGACAUCACCAAGGAAACAAUGGCUUGCUUCAAUGUGUAGAAAAUUUCAGCCUUAGAAAAGGACAGAAAUACUUUCUCAGUUUGGCCUCACAUUUUUAAAUAAAUGUGAUUUUUCACCGACAUGUAAUUUUUUUGUAUGCCAUUUGGAAGUUUUUCGUAUCUAAAAGGUUGCACACGUGUCAAAUUCUCAUGAAAGUAUAGAAUGUGUUAGUUAACAGGCAUGCAACUUUUCCUCGGAUCCACUGAUUUCUUUGUUUUUUACUUCUCCUGAAUGCCAUUACAAAUUGAAAAACACUGUACAAAGUCUUGUGUGAUUUGGAAUUUCCUUUUUUCCCCUAAAUUCCCAGUUUAAUACCUGUGUCCACAUUUAUGUGUUUUGUAAUACAUGUAUUUGCAGUAAGUCCAAAAAUUAUUAGGAAUUUUAAUUCAAGUUAACAGUGUAAUGCAAGGAAUGUUUCAUGGCCAAAUGAAGGUCACAAAAUGGUCUGUGAUCAUACUAAAAAAUGCAAAUUUCAAGGUACACGUGUUGUGUGAAAGUUCAUGGAGCACAUUCCCAGUGUUGUAGUCGAGUACUUUUUUUCCGAGUACUGCCAAGUACUUAGCUUACUGAGUACGAGUACUUGUACUUCCGAGUACGAGUAGCAUACAUCCUGAUAUCUUGUAAUGAAUUUAUACAUUUUCUGCAGUGUGGCAAUUUCACGUAAAGUGGACGUGGCUGAAAAGUGGAAAAUUUAUGAAAUCUUCAGAAUUACAAGCACCACAACUUCAAAUGAGGUAUCAAAUGAAAGGGGACAACACAACCUUUCAUUUGAUCGGUGUACUAGUGCAACACAAUGUGGUUAAAUGUAUUUUUUGGUUAAAAAAAACCCGGUGUUGGGGCUAAGGUGCUGUAGUGCCCUGAGGGGGUUAAAAACGGCAUAUAUAUCCCACAUCACAGCAGUCGACAAUUGUUUUGUUAUAUCGUGCCAAACAGAUAAAUGGUUGUAAUUCACUGUGUGAGAAAAAAGUUCACUGCGAUGUAACCUUUGAUAACUGACGGCUUUGAUGUCCUGCCAGACAUGAGACUGAACGGUUGCAUUCUCAGUUCUCAUAGCGCAAAGCUAGCAUGCUGGCUGGUUCCACACGUGCACACACCACACGCAAUGAACACAGUACGAUAUCGCUGAUCUCUACAUAAAACUGGAUAUCAGUGUGUAACAUGCAUUUUAUUGUCCAGACACGUGGCAAUUCUAGACCAAUGAAAUUACAGUACAAGCACACGCAACAAAAAGAAAAUUCUGUCAUCACAAGUAUUUUACUUUGUUGUUUCAAAUUGGAAUUGGAUGGAAUUGCCCAGUGCCAGUCUUUUGUGGACAGUCUGGCUAAAAAGGUUGGAAAUUUGAAUGGCGCCUUUGAAUGAAUUCCAGAGAAAGUGUGCGUUGUAAAUAAUGUAUUAUUAUUAUUAUUGUUAUUCAAGAUGUCCCCCCCCCCAAAAAAGAAAUAAUAAACUUGGUCCUUACCUGGUACGUGUAUUUCUGUUGCAGUACAGGAUUGUACAUAAUGCAUAUAUGCUUUUAUUGAUGUCAACAAUAUUGGUAAUAUAUAAGUAAGAGAUAAUUCCUUUAUGUUUUGUCUUUUAAAACAGUGCAGUUUACAUAGUACAUGUAUAUUCAAAGUCUAAUAUAUGGGACGCCUAUGGAACAUGACAUAUAUGCGGCAUGUAUUUAUCCGACAAAAGUCAUUAAAUCAAUUCAAAGUA